CAGAAAUUACAUAUUCGUGAUCAUGGGGGAAUCGAAACCACGUUGGCACGACUUCAAACAAAAUUUUGGGUACCGGGUGCCAGGCGCGUCAUCAAAGGGAUUAAACGGCAAUGCAUCGUAUGCAGAAAACUGGACAGCAAACCACAACAUCAACUGAUGGGACCUGUGAUCCCUGAAAGGUUGAAGCCAAGCCCAGCCUUCUACCAUACGGCACUGGAUCUCUUUGGUCCAUUCCUUAUCAAAGACACAGUCAAACGCAGAACUAGAACGAAGGCAUAUGGAGUGAUAUUCACCUGUCUGGCGUCAAAGGCCUCGUACCUUGACCUCGUGGAAGGGUACAGCACGCAAGAUUUCUUGCUGUCAUUUCGCAGGUUUGUCACGAUACGGGGAUACCCUGCGACCCUAUACUCCGACCUCGGUUCGCAACUGACGGCGGCAAGCAAGGAACUGCGGGAAAUCACAGACAAGUGGAAUAUGACGGAUUUGACAAACGCUGGAGUUGACCAGGGACUGACUUGGACUUUUACAAAGUCAUCCAACGCUCCGUGGGAAAAUGGAUGCAGUGAGGCGUUAAUUCGUCUCGUCAAGCGAGCACUCACGAUAUCAAUAGGAGACAACAUCCUUACCUUCGGUGAACUUCAGACAGUACUUUUCGAAGUCGCCAACCUCCUCAAUGAACGACCGAUUGGGCACAAACCGGGAGCAGAUCCCCUCCACGGCUCCUAUUUGUCCCCAAAUGACCUCCUUCUCGGGCGUACCAAUGUGAGUGCACCACAAGGCAAUUGGGAUCAGACAUCAAGACUCGCAAGCAGAUUCUUGUACCUACAAACAAUCGUCACAACUUUCUGGAACAAAUGGUACCGAGACUACUUCUCAACUAUGCUGGUACGGCAAAAAUGGCAUCUGAAACAACGGAACUUCCAGAUCGGCGAUAUCGUGUUAUUACAUGAAGACAAACCUCUCCGUGGAUCUUGGAAAAUGGCCGAAAUCACCAGUAUAGAACCAAGCAGCGAUGGGUGUGUUCGAGACGUCACACUGCGAUACAAACCAUCAACCGAAGGAAAAGAAUAUAGCGGAAAGCCGUACAUAAGCAUCAAGAGAUCCACUCAUCGACUGGUUCUCAUCAUUGAGGCGAACGAACGCUCGCCAUCAUGAGGCCGGGGAGUGUAUAGCGAAUAUUCGUACGACAGCUCGUCUUCGCUCCGUCACGAGACGUUGAGCCAAAAAUUCAAAUUCUCUUGCAUCGUUUUCUUGAUUUCAUAUUUGAAUAGGAUUUUGUUAUAUUCGGCACUGUAGAUGAAACCUUUUACUUUGAAACUUUGAAACUUUUACAAUACGAAACGAAGAAAUAUGAAUGAAUAAAGUUAUACGUCUCAGUGCUAUUAUGAUUUGUCUUUCCAUUGGUGAUUUUGCGAAACAGACAAAACACUCCCUACUGGGGC